AUGAGCAGCGGCAGCAACAAGCGUCAUCGAGUCGGUGGAGACUCUUCGUCUCCCCUGCGGACAGCCAUAGCUUGCCGAGCAUGUCGCGAUCGCAAAACGCGUUGCAGCGGCCAUCAACCAACGUGCACGUAUUGCUUCAAGGCGGGCGUGCCUUGCGAAUAUGGCCCCAGUGUGGUCUCUACUCGAUUCGCUGACCACCACCCUUACACCAGCAGCUCAUCCUCAAACCUCGAUGAAUGGGGUGGAAGAAUAUUGGAUGCCAUUGAUAAUAUCUCCAUACCUCCGGCCCUACCUAUCAAUUCCGUCCUAGGUGAAAGUCGCCCCCCUGUCCAAGGGUUGACUCCAGGCCCCGAUGGCAUUCCCAUGGGCCGUAACCCAGUGACAGGCCUACCCUCCAUUCUUGAAUGGCACGUCUUCAAUAUUGAGGGUGGCAGAGGGCCUGUAGCUCGCUACAAGCAAGCCCUGAGUGACCAUGCGGAUCAAGGCCUCUUGCCUCAAGCAACGGGGAGGGAAAGUGCCACUUGUGCUACAGAAACUCUUCUCGGGCUCGUAGACAUCUUCCAAGCUAGCUUCUUGCCUGUCAUCCCUAUUUUAGACGCUGCAGAUCUUCGCGGAUAUAUCCUGCAUAUCGGGGAAUAUGGAGACAUGUGGAAUGUAGAGGCUUGCUUGGUAUUGGUAGUUGCAGCUCUGGCGAGUAUGUUGACACAGGCUUCAGCUUUCGCUCAGCAUGUGUCAUCCACAGUAAGCAUGGCCUUGAGAUAUUGGAACAUGGCGAAGAAACGGCUCGCCUGGGCUUUAGAAGGGUCUGGAAUGGUAGCGGCCCAAUGCCAGCUUCUUGCAGCGUAUGGACCUCCCCUUUAUUCGUUUUUGAAUCGCUUUCUGACUGAGCAGCCAGCAUAUGCCUUUAAGCUACUCAACGGCUCAUUACUAGCCAUUGACACAAAAUCCUCCUGUCACGGUCCCUCAAUGGGCGAGGAAGCGAGCCACCAAAGGCAACAGGAAGAACUAUGCGACAACAUCCGAUACAUGUGUGUCAUUUUGUUAUGCCGACUACAGUGUGAAGUAUCACUUUCACCUACUUUCACCUCCUACAAUCUACAAGACGGAGGUCAAAGUACCCAGACACCAUUUACGAUUACUCGGUCACUGAAAUCCCUUCUACCAAUCCGCCAGCGCAUAGUGGAUGUCUCCAAAAUGGUUGGUAAUGAGAUGUCUGCUCAAGAAUUGGACACACUCCACCACAAAUUACGUGUGGCAGGCCAAUCGCUCGACAUUUGGUACUUGAAGCUACCUAAUAACCUCAAAUCUCUAUUAGCAGACCCACUUACAGGUUCUUCUCAAACACCUGACGAACGAUCAGAAGUUGGGGCACAGAGCAAGCUGCUACAGUGGCAGUAUAUGGAGGCCCGAGAGCUCGUCCUGCGCCCCUCGCUCUAUUUAACCCUACAAAGGAUGCCGUCGUUGCAGCUAUCUAUGGCCUCGGGGUCAUCUAACUACCAACAGAGUCUUUCGGAUGUGGUAAAGCAAUACUACAUCACCCAAUUCCACUCCAUGAUGAUACAGCACCGCAAACUAGUCGUCAGCCGGCUUAGAUUGUCUCUCGGCCAUGAGGAAUCAAAUCCACAGGCAUCACGAGUGAUGACACUUGAUAUGGGCUGGUUGAAGAUACAGACAUGUUUAAGCCUGGGGCUAUUGCUCAUUGCAUCAAUGCAAUGCAUAGAUGAUACAGAGUCGCCAAACGGGCGACCAUUGCAGUGGGGACCGGACGAGGAAGACUGCAUCCUGACAUUGGAGAAUUGGUUAAGAAACAAUCCAGGGCCAACGGGGUUGGGUUUAAUACGUGCAGACCUUUUGCGAGAUCUCUACACCCCUCUUUGCAACAAUUCUGCGGUUUCUCUUUGA